AUGAGCAGCGGAUCUGUCCGUCGUUCUGGCGCCGGGUUCGGUGGUGGCAUGGGCAUGGGCGGAGGCAGCGGCUUCAGCUACAGCAGCAGCAGCAGUGCAGGUGGCUACGGUGGUGGUCACGGUGCAGGAUUCGGUGGUGGUAUGGGUGGUGGAUUCGUUUGCGCCCCCAUCACAGCUGUCACAACCAACCAGAGCCUGCUGGCCCCCCUGAACCUGGAAAUCGACCCCAACAUCCAGGUGGUCCGCACCCACGAGAAGGAGCAGAUCAAGACCCUCAACAACCGCUUCGCUUCCUUCAUCGAUAAGGUCAGUUCCUGUUAACCCUAUGUGACUCCACCUCGCCUGCACUACAAACACUGAGCAUUCACAUUGAUAUCGAUUGCAUUCUAUCUUACUGUAUAUACUGUAAUGAGCAACAUAAGUACCAGUACACGUUUCCAUUGACUUUCUCAUACACUGAAUUUAUUCUUAAAGAAAGUGAACUUAAAGCCUGUGUUCAGAAUGAUAUUAUGGUGCUUUGCUCGUGUAGAGCUAUACUAUUUGCAGGCUUCCUUGUCAGACUGUUGUUAAGUAACCAAAUAGAUAUUUGACAUUGACUACCAGGACAUGAUGAGAUACUUGUAUUUUGUAUCACUAUGCAAUGAUCACAAUCAAUGGAGUUAACCAGAAAGGUGACAAAUACAAGCGUUUGCUCUCACCUCACAUAUUAGCAUCCUAAUAUAAAAGGAUUCCCUGGCUGUAUAUAGCUGAGAAAAGCUGAUUUCAAUAUGCAGGCAUGUUUCAUUUUCUGCUGACAAAGCCCUUAUGUCACAACUCCCCUUAUGAGCUCAAGAAUAUUACACUCUGGUUCAAAGAAAGAGAAAGAUAGGACGCCAAGGCAGCUAUGAAUCUUAUCUCUAAUGCUGCAUCCGUCAACUGUGCAGAAGCUGUUUCUGACUCUGCCCCUGUGUUUAACUUUCACAAAAGGACUCCACCCAGGAGUUGCAAAAAAAAAAAAAAAGAUAGCCCAUGGCCUUGUCAGGGCCUGUGACUGUAGUGGACUCUGUGGCUGCUAUCUAAACAAGGGUGGAGACCCGUCUCUCACCCCAUGACUCACUCCAUCUCAUACCUGCGGGGUGUGGUCAUGUGGACCUAGCCACAGAGUCCAAAGUCUAUUCCUGUCGCUGUUGUUCUGGGAGAUGAGUAUGUUGGGUGCAGUUGCAGUAAAUCAACUUUCCCUACUGUCUUUUCCAAGGGAAGAUGAACUCCAUGUUUCCACCAGCCUAUAGGUAUUUUCACCUGCACACCCCCUAUAUGCCUUGCUUGAAGUAGAGAAUAAAUUAAAUCCCCUUAAUUGGCAGAGAGUCAACUCUCACAAGCAAGGCAAACAACAAAGUAAACACCCCUUCAAAGCUGCUUUUGUCUUCAGUGGUUUAUCUGCCACACCUAGUUCUUUAUGGCUGGAAUGAAUGCGUGGCCUUCACAGUGAAAUGGAGCAAAAGAGAUAUGAGAGAUAGGUAAAACAUUUCAAGCCAUACACAGUGAGCCUCUCCUAGGCAGAGAAAGUCUGGAUAUGCUUUGGGAUGCCGAUAAACACUCUUACACUUGCCUAUCUUUUGUUUUGAGAGUGAACAAUGAGAGCUACACAUCUCAGGGCAGGUUUCAUCUUGCCUCCCAGGAUGUAAGCUUCUCAGACUAGAUGUAUACCCAUAGAUUACCAUAUGUCAUCAUCAGUUAAAUGAACAAUGUCUUGGACAGGGAGUGGCUGUUCAAGCCCAACCCUGUGAUGCUAUCUACACAGCUAUGCAGGUACUGGUGUGGCUUUUACUGCAAGUCGACAUCAGUGAAGUUAUUUUUUUGCCACACCAUUGGAGCCCAAUUCUUUCUACUCCCUUUUAAAAAUUGACAGAAGAAAGGCUGACAACUGAAUUUGAAUUUAGAGUCUAUAAAGCCUUAUUUAUGGAUCCAUCCAUCUAUCCAUCCAUCGCCCAUCAUCAUUCAUUCAUGAACACAUUCAUCCAUUUAUUCACUCACUCACUGACCAUUUCCCUUUUGUCCCUGCAGGUGCGUUUCCUGGAGCAGCAGAACAAGAUGCUGGAGACCAAGUGGAGCCUCCUGCAGGACCAGACCACCACCCGCUCCAACAUCGACGCCAUGUUUGAGGCCUACAUCUCCAACCUGCGCAGACAGCUUGACGGCCUGGGCAACGAGAAGAUGAAGCUGGAGUCGGACCUGCACAACAUGCAGGGUCUGGUUGAGGACUUCAAGAACAAGUAAGUGUCGAUAUGUCGGAUGUGCAUCAAAAGUAGCCAUAUUAGUAUAAGCAAUAACCUUUAACCUCAGUGUAAGAAGCAACCCAGAGUGAUGACUUUGCAUGAAAUAUUGCCCUUUGCUUUGUCACCAGGUAUGAAGAUGAAAUCAACAAGCGUGCCUCAGUGGAGAACGAGUUUGUCCUGCUGAAGAAGGUGUGCAGGAUAUAACAUGAUGUCUCGUCAUAACUCAUGUCAGAGUUAGAACCAAUUUCAAUUCCAUUCCAUUAACUCCUCUCUCUCUCUCUCUCUCUCUCUCUCUCCCCAGGAUGUUGAUGGUGCCUACAUGAACAAGGUGGAGCUGGAGGCCAAGGUUGACGCUCUUCAGGAUGAGAUCAACUUCCUCAGGGCCAUCUACGAGGCGGUACGAACCAUUCAUUAACUUUUUCAACAUUCAUUAACUUUUUCACAUUUACCAUACAACACAUAAGUCUUCCAUAUCUGAAUCUUGGAGAGCUUCAACAUUACAUGAUAGUCAAUGAAUCAGAUGCGGGCUGAAAUCUAAAGGCUUCUCUCCAUCCUAUCUUGGUUCUUCAGGAGCUGCGUGAGCUGCAGGGCCAGAUCAAGGACACCUCUGUCGUGGUGGAGAUGGACAACAGCCGUAACCUGGACAUGGACUCCAUCGUGGCCGAAGUGCGCGCUCAGUACGAGGACAUCGCCAACCGCAGCAGAGCUGAGGCCGAGACCUGGUACAAGCAGAAGGUAAGCCAAGUCUAGGUUUCAAGAGCAAGGUCAAAAGACAUUAACAUAGUUUACCAGGACAUGUUCAGGCAAAAUAAGCAACAUUUCUGUGAGCGCUUCCUCAAUCUUCACCUCCCUCAUUAUAAUUUUCUUACAUUUCUUCCUCACUUUUCUCAGUAUGAGGAGAUGCAGAGCUCUGCUGGACAGUAUGGCGAGGACCUCCGCUCAACCAAGACUGAGAUCGCCGAGCUGAACCGCAUGAUUUCUCGUCUCCAGAAUGAGAUUGAGUCUGUCAAGGGACAGGUGAGGGUGCCAUCUCAUUUUAGAACCUCCUUUAUGAGGAUUGUCUGUAAAUGGCUGAUGUCCAAGCAAGAUGGUUCAUAGCACUAGCUUAUUACCAUUAGCCGCUAAUCCAUGUUUCUACCGUAGAUACAGGCUAAUGUCAAUGAGCAGUUUGCUAAUAUUCGAGGUUAAUGCUAAUGCACCAUUCUCUUUUACCACAGCGGGCCAACCUUGAGGCUCAGAUCGCUGAGGCAGAGGAGCGCGGUGAGAUGGCGGUGAAGGACGCCAAGCUCCGCAUCAAGGACCUGGAGGAUGCCCUCCAGAGAGCCAAGCAGGACAUGGCCCGCCAGGUGCGUGAGUACCAAGAGCUGAUGAACGUCAAGCUGGCCCUGGACAUUGAGAUUGCCACCUACAGGAAGCUGCUGGAAGGAGAGGAAAGCAGGUGAGUUAAAGCUGGAUAGUUGAGACGUUAGCCUCUUAGCUUAGCAUGUUAUCAAUGCCAGUUAGCAUCUUUUAUCAACUUUCCAUCCAAACUUCAAUAACAUUGGUGUUAUAUAUUCACAGAAUAUCCUCCGGUGGUGCAUCUGCAACAAUCCACGUGCAGCAGACCUCUGGCGGCAGUAAGUACCAUUUUGAUUUAAUUUCUAAUUGUCUCACCAGCUUUUACGUUAUGCUGAGGAAUACACAUGGAGUUUGCCAUGCAUCAUUGAAACCGAAAUAUCCUCUAGCUUUACAGCAGAUUAAACUGAUCCCACUCUCUCUCUGUACGCAGACUACUCCGGCGCAAGCUCAGGUGGAUUCGGCUAUGGCGGUGGCAGCGGAAGCUACGGCGGUGGCAGCAGCUUUGGCGGCGGCAGCAGCUUUGGCGGCGGUAGCAGCUACGGCGGUGGCAGCAGCAGCUACGGCAGUGGCGGAGGUGCCACCAUCACCAAGUCCGUGACAUCCACCAGCUCCAGCAGACGUUACUAG